AUCUUACAGUGAUGUGUAUUGUUUUACCUCCAAGAUUGCUAUCAAGGAAUGAUCGUAAUCCUUAUCUGUCAAAUUCAUAUCGAACAUCUAAAAAUGGGACUCCAUCAAGAUUACGUAUUAUCGCAAGCGAUUAAGCUUCUUUAUCAUUUCUUAUUAUACGAACCUUAUAAACGGCCUUAUAAACGGAUUAUUUUAACGGAACAAUGUAGGGGUGAUGUUGAUAUUAAGAUUUGAACGAGAUUAAGUCCGAGUAGUUUAUACGCAGAGGCAAACACGGAAUUUGAAUUGAACUUCAUUUAAAUCUUUACAUGAGAUUAUCUGUAUAUGAUCUAGUUAUCUGUCUAUCAAAGACCCGUCCCAUGUUUGAUUACCAUUGUUAAAGCACACGAAACAGAAGCAGAAUUUGGAAUGUGGCUAUUAAGUCAUUGCAUUUUGAGCAUGGAAUUUUAUUAUUAAUUACAAUAUAAUAAAUAGUACCUGUAUCUUAGCACUGGUCGCAAACUUAAGGCAAAAUCACUUGCCGUCAGCAGGCUUAAAGUAACUGAGAUAAUGGCUUAGAUCACAUUGUUGAAAAUUAUAUUAUAAACCCAUCUCCCCCACUCCCCUCCACCCAAAAAAAAAAAAAAAAACAAACAGAAAAAAGAAAGAAGAAUAGGGAAUGAAAAGGUACAGUAAUUUACUCCAGCCUUAGAUAAAUCAGUUCCUAAUUAUGUUUGUUUUAUGAUAGUUAUCAAAGAAUGUGUUAUAAUAUGUCAGCCAUGCUAUAUUGAGUAUAAAACAUACCUGUAUUUAACUUUUCAAUAUGUCUGCAACACAUACUAUUUGCAAAGAAAUGAAAUCAAAAGCAGCCUACAGUUAUUUAAAUUUUGUUGAUACCUAUUUGAAUGUUACAUUAUUAACAUAAAAAUACAGCAAAAUUACUCUUAUGAUUAACAAAAGUAGAACCUGAAGUAAAAUCUGCAAAAAAUAUUACUCCGUUACUUUUUGCAGCAGACCAAAUGUCUGUUUACAUUGUGAUUUUACGAUACAGUACUUUUUUGUUAUGACACUGUUCAAUUAGAGAUGUAGUUUUCUUUGUUUAGUUUUCAAAUUUAAACACAUUGUGGUGUUACUGUUGUCAGGUUGUUUUUGAUAUCUGUGAAUAUCACAGUUGUUGUUGUUGUUCUUGUCGUCGUGACCUGCUGUUAAUUAUGUACCACUAGUGAAUGUUCAUAUGCAGUUACAGAUUGAAUUCAACUACAGUAAUGGUGUGAUAAGGUGAUACUAGCAAUAACUGUGGCUUCCUAACUCAGGAAACUGCAGCUUUGUUAGUGGCCACACCAUCCUGCUUCGCCCAGGACACCGAAAGGUAACAUUCAGUGAAAUGCUGACAUUCUGUGAUUGGCUGAUGGCUGACAUUCAGUGAUUUGCUGAUGGCUGACAUUCAGUGAUUUGCUGACGGCUGACAUUUCAUGAUUUGCCGAUGGCUGACAUUCAGUGAUUUGCCGAUUGCUGACAUUCAGUGAUUUGCCGAUGGCUGACAUUUCAUGAUUUGCUGACAUUCGACAUUUCAUGAUUUGCUGACAUACUUUUAUCUCUCAUAAUGAGCUCACAUAUCACGUGGUUGGAGAAGUGAUAUCACACCAGUAUUUGUUAGAAACCACUCAGCUGUGCUUUAUUCAUGAUAUAGCAUGACAUAGUGAAUAUAACAUCUUAAUUAAUCCAACUAUUGUCUUAUAAUGAAAGAUUUUAAACAAAGAUAAAUUUUUAGAUCAAAUAGAUUGAGUCAUAUGUUUUGUCGGUCAUUCCGAUUUAAUUAAUGAAAGAUGAAUUCCAUGUGCCACAAAAUAAUAUUCCGAUUGAUUUUAUACGCGAUAUAAGAUAUCGUUUUGGAGGAGCAUGACAAUUCAGAUUAAGCGGACCUGAAAGAGUAGACUUCGUACUAUAGCUUAAAACAGAGCUGAUAAAUAUCUGAUUUGUUGUGGAAUUAAACAUCUUGUUUCAUGUUUUAUUUGAAGUUGUUUUUUUAUGAAAAUAAAGAAAAGCUGUCUAUAAUUUUGCCAGGAAUAAUCUGGUGAGAAUCAGCAGACCAGUGUUGGUGUAGAUCAUGUAAGGGAGGAAGUGUGCUGACAGUUUCUUAAUGGGAUAUAAAUAUUUUCUGACCAUUAUGCUGGCAGACUUAGAUUAUUUGGAAAAAUUGUGGAGUGUAGCUGACUGAAAUCAAGUUGAAGAUUUUGAAGUAAGGACGUAAGAGGCAACAGUAAGACGGAAUCACAGGACGAAGGCACGUUAUAGUACGAAGGGAUUUAACCACCAGUUAACGUAAACUGAAAAAGCAAAGAGUAUAAUACAUUGGAAGAGUAGGGUGAAAUUUCAAAAAAUGAUUCGUUCAGACAUAGUCAACUAGCACAGUAACCUAAAGCAGCAAGAUGAUGUCUAAUUGUUUACUUUAUUUGUUUUUCUUCGGGAUAGUGCUUAAGUCAGUGAAAGGAAUUGUGACUAUUACCUUCGAAACAGAGGAAGAAAUCACAGGAAAUGUCUUUCUGGGAAACAUUGCAGCAAAAUUAGGAGCAAAUGAAACUGAAAUAUUUGGUGGCAAUUUGGAAGGUGCGAACUAUAACAUCUUGAAGUCAGGUGAUGUAGACUACUCUGAUUAUUUUGACUUCAAUUCAGCAACUUCUGAUUUUUAUUUGAAGCAAAAAGUUGAUCGUGAGGAAGUCUGCCAGCAAAGUGAAGUAUGUAAAAUGAGAGUGAUACUUUUUGGUAAUUCUGGCACAGUCACUGAAUUUGUUAACAUUAAUGUCACAGUAAAGGAUAUAAAUGAUAAUAUUCCAACAUUUUCGGAAUCGGUAAAGAAUCUAUACAUCCAAGAGGGAACCGCGAUUCGGACAAGCUACACUCUGACACCGGCUAUUGAUUUAGAUUCCGGCAUCAAUGCGAUCCAAGAAUAUAUACUAGAACCGUCGCGAACUGACUUCGAACUCGAAAAGCAGCAAAAUCUGGACGGGUCAUCAACCUUGAAUCUCAUACUGAAUUUAAGUCUUGACAGGGAAUCCACACAUAACUACACGUUAUAUGUAAAGGCAGUGGAUGGGGGCACGCCACCCUUUACUGGAACUUUAACUGUUAAUAUCAAUGUCACCGAUAAAAAUGACAACCGACCAAUUUUUCAGCCAGCAGAGUACAAUGCUACUAUUGAUGAAGAUGUUGAAAUUGAUACUGUGGUAAUCACAGUCUCUGCCAUAGAUAGAGAUAUAGGUGAAAACAGUAGACUGGCUUACUAUUUCGCAGACUCUGUAACUUCAGAUAUAAGACAGUAUUUUGGUAUCAAGGAGACAAGUGGUAACAUUUUUGUGAAAGAGAUGCUUGAUUCGGCAAGUCGGCCUUUUAUCUUUUUCAUAGAAGUCAAAGAUCAUGGGGAUCCAAUGAAAAAGAGCCAAGCAAAAGUAACAAUUAAUAUCAGGGACAAAAAUAAUAAUCGUCCAGUAAUUGAGAUGAGUCCAUCUAGUAAUAUCAACAUAAAAGAGAAUUUGAAUAUCGGUACACACGUUGCCUUGGUUAUUGUUUCGGACGAGGACAGUGGUCUUAACGGAGAGGCAGACUGCGAGUGUCUUAAUUCCAGUUUUACAAUUAUGAAGGCCAGUGAAGUUGCACAAAAUACAUUUAGUCUUGUAAGUGCCGUUGAGUUUGAUAGGGAACUGCAGGCCUUUUAUACUGUAGAAAUAAACUGUAGCGAUAAAGGUCAACCCCCAUUGUCUUCAAAUCACACAUUUAUUGUUACAAUUACUGAUGAAAAUGAUCAUACUCCAAUAUUUGCAAAGACUAUUUAUACUGUAGAUAUUUUAGAGAAUAUUUCUGUUGGUGCUGUUUUUGAGAAAGUCCAGGCCACAGACCGUGACAUUGAUCAAAAUGGAAAAAUAGUGUAUGAAAUUGAACCAUUUGCAGAAUCGAGUAUGUUUGAAAUUGAUCCUGAUGGCGGGCAUAUCAAAGCUGCGGAAAGGUUUGACAGGGAGACUGAAGAUGAGUACUAUUUCAUAGUAACUGCACGAGAUCAGGGCCCAAACAAGCGCUCCGCUACUGCACAGGUUAUUGUACAUGUCAAAGAUGUUAAUGACAAUUCUCCUGCUUUUAUUGGUGACAGUUACGCCAUGUCUAUACUGGAGAAUUCCAACAUCAGUUAUAGUCUUGGAACAGUAACUGCUACGGAUGCUGACCUUGACGACAAUGGAAAAGUUUCGUAUAUGAUACCCGCUAAGUAUGCUAUGUUUCCAUUUGCGAUUCUUGACGAUGGAACCGUAAUAACCACUGAAGGUUUAGAUCGUGAAGUCAGAGAUUAUUACCAUUUUAACGUUGUUGCAUCAGAUCAUGGGAAUCCUCCACGUACCAGCAGUGUGCCAGUUUUCGUGACUGUGCUUGAUCAAAAUGACAAUGCACCAAUUGUAGAAUUUCCGUAUGGAGAUAAUGAUACUGUUACAGUUGCUCAUGAUACAGGUCCUGAUAUUGUAAUUGCUAGUGUUUUGGCCGAUGACAAUGAUGAUAAAGAAAACAAACGUCUCUCGUACAGUAUUCGAAGUGGGGAUAGUGAAGGUUUGUUUCAUAUUGAUUCAGAGACUGGUGAAAUUUACCUAACAAAACGUAUUUCGCGAGGUGAUAUCAAACGGUUUACAUUAACUCUAUCUAUCAAAGAUAAUGGUGUUAAGCCACUAGAAACUCAUGCAACUUUGCAUGUGACAUUUUACCUCGCUGAUACAGACACUGUAGCGGAUGCUGCGGUUGGCUCUAAGGGACAAAAUAUCCUUAUAGCUAUCGUUAUAUCGUGCGUCACUUUCGUACUUUCCGUUAUUAUCAUUGUAAUAAUUUGCAUGAUAAGAAGAAAAGACAGCAAAAACAGUUUAUACAAUGCCAAAGCAUACGAUGAACAAAAAAUUAUGGAAGGUCAUAGAAACAGUAAUAGGUCAAGUUCGUCAAGAGGUUCGCAAGAUAAAAUGUUGUAUCCGAGUGAAAAGGCUUAUAUGGAGAAUGGAUACGCAAAGAAAGCAAAGAAAGAGGUCAGUUUUAUUGUGGAAGAAGAUCAGGAUACUGGUGUCUCCAUGGAAACAAAUGGACAGUUUGAUUCUGUGUCAACCUUCACUGGUAAAUCUCCAUCCCCGGUGCCAUCUAAGAGUCCUGAUUAUGAGAAUUAUAAUCAAGAAAUUUCACCGCCGAGGUCAGAGAAAAGUGAAGACAAACAACGUGAGAUUCACAGAAUGACAUCACUUCGUGUACAUCAGGCUCUUAUUCAGUCACAAAAUAACAACAACAACAACAAACAGUGGCCGCAGUCACCCGGAGAUGAGCCGGCGAGGACAUUUAUUGGAUUGACGAAACGCCACAAUCUGGACGACUCUCACAGCGAGAGUUCAGGGGAGACCACUACGAGCGACUCGGGACGUGGCGGGAGUGAGGAAGACAUCCGUAGCAGUAUGACAAUCUCACACGACACAGAUGAGUCACGGAGUCCAAACAUGUCAACCUCGCAUCCGUUCUACACAUCGGACAAUCGUCAACCCACAUUUUCGUCUUUCCAUGGAAACAAUGUACAUAAGACUGGUCCUAUAUUAUCAUCAUUUUUAAAACAAAACAAAAAGACAGCAAAAUGAUGAAGCACAUAAAACUCAUAUCCUAUGAACGAUUUAUCAAAUCCACAUAGGAAUAACUUAUACAGUCAGUAUAGACAUCCGGGUGAAAUAAACGUUCCUCCGCCUGCCAUAAACGUAAACAAUGGACAGGGUAUGAAAUCAGUGCAAAAUAAAAUGGAUUUCGAUCCAUUAUUACACUCUUCUAAACAAUCGAAUCUUAAUUUCGGAAAUUCAUUCGAAAAUGAAAGUAUAACGGGACGAUCUCAGGAUGACGAUAAUACGACUACGACGUCGGGAAGUUAUACAAUAAAUGAUAUACAGGACGAUAUAUUAGAGUCAGAAACCAAAGAUAUGUUCUAUAAGCCGGAUACUUUCGUGUGAUAAUUCCUUAAUUGUGCUAUAAUUGACUUAUAAUAUUCAGACUUGUGUGGUAUGUGAUAUUAUUUCCUAACAGGGUUAGUGAAUUUGUAAAACUUGUAAUAAUUGAAUGGCAGCUUGACUUCAGCUUGAAACUGUGUGUGCUAAAAUGGCUGUGCGAUUCUAAUACAAAAAUGGAAUUCACUUGAUACAGUCAGAUUUGAAUGGGCAUCAGUGAAACAGUCUGUGGAAUGUUGUUGAGGCUGACUUAGAUGGAUUCAAGGCUAUAAUACUUGAAUAUGGAGACCAGUCUUGGAAUUUAGCUGUUUCAUUGGUCAAUUUCAAGACUGAACUCAAAAUCAACCAGUCAUAUGCUAGAGUUGUGAGACUGGUUUUCUAAGUCAGUUUUUAAAGCCUGGAGCAAGGUAGUGGGACAAGAAAACUAUUCAUGGUGAACAGUUACGUCAAAAACUGCCCCUGAGAUUUUUAUAGUGUGACAGUUAAUUGGCAUAAAGACUGUUCUAUGAUUUCAGUUCCAUCUUCUGUAUAUCAUUCUAAUUAGAUAAAUUCUUAUACAGAACAAUCAUAUAUUUGUGUGAAAAGUGAUAAACUCUGUAUAUAAUCUGGUUUGCAUACUGUUUUGCAUCAGUUGAAACAAACACACCCUCAUGUACCAAAUGUAACUUUAUUUGAGCAAUGGUUUUAUUUCACAUGUAGUAUAAAUGAAUAUUUGAUGUGUUCUAAAUUGUGUUCUUGCCAUAUUUUCUGAAAAUAUUUGUUGUUUUUUUUUCAAUGAAACUCAAAUCUUUAAAUUGUUAAAAUUAUGGUUUUUGUCAUGUUAAAUUGUCCACACAAUUAGUAAUUUAGUGAGGAGAGCCUAUAAUCUCGUUACUAGAGAAAUAAAAGUGAAAUUAGUCAUUAUCAGAUCUAUACAAAAUUGUUCUUAUCUACUGGUUUUUAACAAUUUCCCAUUGGGUUUUUCAACAUAAUAAAUUAUAUAAUAUGAUCAAACCUGUAUUAAACAGUCCACAGUGUGAAUGCUUAACAGUUAAUGUGAUAUGCAAGAAGUGCUAUUGAAGCAACAAAGUUUAUAAAAAAAAAAAUGUCAAAAUUUUAGAAAAUGAUGUAAAGUGUAGAAUAUUUCUUGUAAAUUUCUCAUUUUCAUUAUUUUGAGUCAUCACAUGAAAAUUGUCCAUGUGCUUGACACUUUGGUUAAGUUAAGAUUCAUUUUGAUAUUAUGCUUCACAUAUUAUUCAGUUUUAUCUACAUUCAAAUCUGUUCCGAGAGACCAUAUUGUAAAAUACUAGUAGCUUUUUUUUCUCCAGAUUUAAUUACUCAAGGGAAAGACCUCCUGCAAUAAGAAACGUUUUUCUGGCUGUCCCAAACAUGGUCUUUACAUACAAGUUUGACUGUAUAAGUUUUGUCUUCUAAUGUUGUAUGGCAUGUCUAAAAUCAAAAUAAUAUGUGUGCCAAUCUCCCAAUAUGUUUAUAUAUGUGUAUGUUUUUGAUGGCCAAGAGAACUAAUUUGUUUAUGAAACUGAUCUCAUUUAGAGGGUUUUGGUCUUGAUACUGACUGAAUGGCGAACAGUGCAGAUCAUGGUCAGACUGCACGGAUGUGCAGGCUGAUCUUGAUACGUACUGGCCGCAAAGGCAGAAUCAAUCGUGUCCAGCGUAAAGGUUAAAUUGUUAGGUUUGCAAAAAUCCAGUGUGCUACUAAAGCUUAUGGGUAUAAGAUUAUGGUAUAAUUGCCUACCAGGUAUAUAUAUUCAUCAGUAAGCCUAUUAGCAUGCUUCGGAUGUUGUAUAAAAAGUGCUAUGGCAGUAAAACAAGCUAAACAAGGAAGUAAAGAGUAAAAUCUAAACUCAGAAUACUGAUAUCUAAAUCAGACUAAAUGGAAAAGUGUCCUAACCCACUGAAUUUAAAGAAGUAACAGCAAUUUCCCAUUAAAACCCUCAAAUUUUGUAUAUUUGCCUUUAGCUUUGGCCUUAAAUUAAUUAAUAAAUGAUAUUCAAAUAUGGUAGCAAAACUAUUGUUUGCUAGCACUGUUAAAUUUUAGUUCGGUUUAAGACCUUAGUUUGUACUGGAGUGUUUUAUUUAUAAAUGAGUUGUGCCAUGAGAAAACCAACAUAGUGGCUUUGCGACCGGCAUGGAUCCAGACCAGCCUGCGCAUCCGCGCAGUCUGGUCAGGAUCCAUGCUGUUCGCUUUUAAAGCCUAUGGCAAUUAGAGAAACCGUUAGCGAACAGCAUGGAUCCUGACCAGACUGCGCUGAUGGGCAAGCUGGUCUGGAUCCAUGCUGGUCGCAAAGCCACUAUGUUGGUUUUUCCAUGGCGGGGCUCAAAUGUAUGAUUUUGUUGUUUUUGUUGUGUAAUAUAUUGUAUAGAUUGUCAUCAUGUUGUAUAUUAUUCAGGGAUCAUGAAUUCCAUAAAAUUGUGAACGAAAUUAUAUAUAUUUAUAUUAAAAAAAAAUCAAAAUGAAGAAUACAAAAACCAAUAAAAUGUAUGAAAUUA